UGCCCACGGCAAGUAUCGUCUGUGUCGCGGCCGACGAUUGUUGCGUUUGACAGUUGUCGCUGAUCAGUCGCGGCGGAUGCUACGUGCCUGAGUGAAUAACGUCAUGUUCAAGACAGUACUAUGCGGCAUUUAUUCGACGAGCGGCAUCGCUCUAAUAUUUCUCUUUGUGAUGCUAUGUGCCUUAAGCGAGCGUGUGAGGUAUCGAGCGAAAUUCAUCUUCUUCAUAGUAGCGAGCGCGUUAGCCGCGGGAUUAUGGAUACCGUUCAUGCUACAUCGAAUCGGCAGCUGGAAAAACGCGCUAAUGCCGGCCAGAUGUGUGGUAACAAUAGCGAAGAUCAUCGGGAUGAAUUUCCGUUUUCGCGGCAAGGAGAACAUCGUGAAGGACUCUGGCUGCGUGGUGCUCAUCAAUCAUCAGAGUUCGUUAGAUCUUUGCGUUUUAGGUGAAUUGUGGUUAGCGAUGGACAACUGCACUGUUAUUUCGAAGAAGGAGAUUUUGUACCUUGGACCAUUCGGUCUCGCAAGCUGGCUUUGGGGAACGCUGUUUAUCGACAGAAAAAAGAAAGGAGAAUCAUGCCAGAUUAUUAAUGCUACAGCGGAAUCGAUUCGUCUAGCGAAGCGGAGGCUUCUUCUAUUUCCCGAGGGACAUCGACAUUCGGGUAAUUCAUUGCUUCCCUUCAAAAAAGGCGCUUUCCAUGUCGCGAUUGAAUCUCAAAUGCCGAUUCAACCUGUUGUCGUGUCAAAGUACUACUUUCUGGAUAGCAAAUUAAAAAGAUUCCAUUCAGGAAGUAGUUACAUUACUGUUCUACCGUCCAUUCCUACCGCGGGCAUGACCAAAGAUGAUCUUCCAAAGCUCAUGGAGCAGGCAUAUGAAGUUAUGAAUAAAAUGUUCGUGGAAUCCACGACAGAGUGCCUCGAGGAGCAAAUACAAAGUUUAAAGUGCGAAUAAUAGGAAUACCGCGAAACGAUUUAGCGUGACUAAAUCAUAAUCUAAAUUCUAAUCAAUCGGAGAGCUCGUGACUGACUGAUUUGCGAAUUGCAAAUUCGCAGAAAUUUCACGUGUGAAUGAUUUUUAUUGCGUUAUUAAUUUCGCGUGAACGCAUGUAAUUCCUGCACGCUCUCUCGUGUACACGAUGUACAUAUCAGUUUUGGAAUUCAGUAAUACAUUCAGGUCUUUGUAUAUGUAUAUUUCGGUCGACCAUUCGACGAAAACUAUUUUCCCCGAUUAUGUUACAAUCACGACGUAAGCUUAGAACAUCACGUCGAUCAGUGCUCUUCCAUUAUCUCUCAAAUAAGUUUAUCUUUACAGAUCAGAAGGAUUUUGCGAAGCUCAAACAAUUUUUUAACGAUGCAAUUUGUACUUUUUAUACCUUACAGAAAAAUGUAAAAUAUUUAUAUAAUCGAUAUUCUCUAUUUUCAUUACGCAAAAAUGCAGUGCAUACUUUAGAAUGGUUACGUAAAAUUGUUGUAAGUGUAAAAUUGUGUAAAACUCAUCUCAUUACGUACUCCAGUAGAUAUACAUUAUUUAUACUACAUAUAAAUAAUAUAUUAUAUUAUUUAUAUUAUAAAUUAUUUGUGUUAAUAUCAACUCCGGAUAAGAUUUUUUCCCGUAAUAGAGUAUAAAAUGAGGUGUCUCCUUGUAUAAUUAUUUUGUAUCUUUUUUACAUAUUGUUAAAGUAAUGAUACGAAUCACGCAUAUGCUUGUAAAGGAGAGACGCAGAAUAGAAAAUAUGUCAGGCUUUCAAAUAUUUGAUAUUUAAUUUAAAAACAUGACGUUACUUCGUAAUAUGUAAUGUUCUCAAAAAAUUACUUGUUAUUGUAUUUACGUCCGAAUUCUCGUACGCAUAAUUAUACAGAGUAUUUCGUCCAAAAUAUUAGUUUGUAGUAAAAUUAAACUUACCAACAAUACAAACGAGGCACUUAUAUACGUGUACAAACAUUUCUAUGUUUAAAACUUUUUGGUAUUGUUGUAAAAGUUAAUCUAUAUUUGUGCAUAUCCACUUAAUCCUCUUUGAAAAUAAUCGUUCUAUUGACGGGAUGGAGAAAAAUGAUUUUUUAUUGCGAAACAUUAAUUAUUCAAUGCAUUUUCAGGAAAAAGUGUAAUUAAUGUAUAUAUGUUUCUUUAUACUCGUAAGAAUAUGUUAAUGCGAGAGAAUAAUAUUGAAGAACAACCCGAGUAUAAUGUUGCAAAUGUAUGAUUUAUACAUGUCUAUACAUAUAUUCAGGAAUGUUUGUUGUUACCGCCAUAAUAAAUUAUAUUUUAAAUAUCAUGA